AUGAGGGCUCAACCAGCCACCGUUGCCGGUGCCAAGCUAUACCUCGACAGCUAUCCCUGCUUGGUCUUUGACGAUAAGAAUGAUGACGGCACCGAGCCAAACAAUGUCAAGGGAUGGGUGUUCACGGCAGACCCUCUUGUUUUUCGAGCCAAGAUUCGCCACUUGAACCGCGUCCAUGGCUUCCAACUCGAUGGCGCGGGCUUGUACCAGCGGACUAUUAGUACCAUAAAGCUUGAUGGUCCGGAACGGUCUGUCGGUAUCCCUAUCGGUGCAAAGGGUGACACAUUGGAUGCUUACAUCUACCACAGACCGGAUUGUGAAACCGACCUACGAAUACUGUCUGGAGAUUGGCUGGAGCUUCCAUAUACUGCUGGUGGAGAAGACGAAGGCUUCUAG